AAGCGAUUAACCGUCAACAUCGUGAAAUAGCAGUCGUGAGCGAGCAUUGGUUGUCAUCAAGGAACUGGAAAAAUAUUAUCCUCCGCCGUGGGCCGGCUUGUCACUGUUUAAUUGGAAAAUCGAUUCGGAAAACAUCGCCAUGGGGUGAAGGUAGCGGCGAGAUUACCCGGACAGCAGUGAAACGCAAAAGAUAAAACGUCGCGGCGAAUUUUCGGCCGUUGAAAGCCACGACGAGAACCGGCGGAAUGACAGGUCAUAUCUCGUUUUGCUUCUUAUUGUUCUUAACGGGCUGCUAUGAUUGCAUACUACCGAGAACAAUAUCAUCGUUCUCAGUGGGCCACAAAGACAAUCCUUACUGCCGCAUUUGCGCCAAUCACACCAUGUGCCAAUUUCCGCACGACACGGAUGGUGCCAGAUGCGUGAACCUUCAGCAUACUGAUCUGAACGAGAAGGAUAUCGAGACCAUACUCGAUUGGCACAACGUUUAUCGCAACACUGUGGCGAACGGGGACGAGGAGCGAGGAAAUCCGGGCCCUCAACGUCCAGCAAAGUUCAUGAUGGAGCUGAUCUGGGAUGACGAACUUGCUCAUAUCGCUAGACGAUGGGUAGUACAGUGCAACCUUCUCGAGAAAGAUCAGUGCAGAGACGUUGAACGAUUCGGAGUGUGGCAGAACGUGCACGUGCUCGACAUGUGCAGCGUAAGAAACACGACGUCCACCGCGAGGAUUCGCUUUCAUAUUCAAUCAUGGUACGACGAAGUAGAAGACUUCGAUUCUGCGGAAUUCGGAAAGCAAUAAAUGGCGUAGAAAAAGACAGGAACCGUUUUACGAAAUACAUGACAUAAGCUUCUAAACGACUUUAAGGGAAAACGAUCAACGAGCAUGACUCGUAAAAUUCAAUGGAAUUCAACCACUUCCUUUCCAUCUUCAGGGAUCAACAACAAAUAGCGCAGAUACAGAGGGAGUCAAAAGACAUAAGGCCUUUCACCAAAAGUUUCAGAACCGGCAGUCGCAAAAGGUACAGCAUAAGAUUCAACAGAAGCAAGAUAAAAGGAACGAUCGACCGAUGAGCAACGGGGCAUUCUUAAUCAAAUCGUCAAUUUAUCUUAUUCAACUGGUAUUAUUAUUGUUGUCGACGUGAUCGUCCACUUAUCGUCGUUCCCUGCUGUAGCACUAUCAAUAGACCGUAUUCACCAGCUCGAAGAAUUUGAUCGGACGAUUAAACGACCGUGACAAAGCAACAUGGCCGUUGGGUGCAAAAAGAAACGGAUCCAGCUUGUCCAGGCGAUAAUUGAAAGAGACAGGCCGAAAGGAGAAUCGAACGAGACGAUUGAUGAAUAUUUCAGCGGGGAUCAGGUCGAGAAUUACGAGGCGGAAAAGGGAAGCUUCACGGUGGUAACGGCUGGUCGUCAUCGAAGGUUUCGCGAAAGAAGAAACGAGAAAAUCGAUGUUCCGUAAGUGGAACGAUGUCCUUGCCCGUUUUGCGUUAUUUUCUUGUUUGGCCGCAACGUCGAAACGUUUCGUGGUAUGUUUGUUGCUUGACGCGUCGUUGAGUGGUUUGUUCCAUCGAUUCGGUUGCCCUUUUCUUUUUUUGGAAAUGGGAGCGCUCGCGUGAAUGAAAUUUCGAUUCCAUUCUGAUUUUGCAAAAAUCAUUUUUGCGUGCUAAGAGAACGUGAGUUUAAAACGGGAUAUUUUCUCGAGCGUUUCGAACGAUUCCAUUGGUGAAAAUUCUGUUUGCAUGAUGGUGUUUAUAGAGCAAUCGUUACAGAUACAAAUAGUAUUUGACAUACAUAUGGACUCCGUAACUUGAUCGUAGGUACAGAAUACUGUAAACGCAAAAAUACUAUAAGCAUCACUUAUUACAUCGAUCUUAUUGAUUAUUUUAAGAUCAUUUGAUCUUAAAGUAAUAUCAUAUACGAAUGAUGUUUAUUACUGUAAAUCGAUAAAUUCAUCUUUGUAUGUAUUAUGAUUAUGAAUAGACGGCAGCUAUUUCUACAAAUUUAUCUGUUAUAGAUAUAACUAAAGAAAUAGAAUCUAAAUAAAAAUUUGUUCCAUUUACCAAAUAUGAUGAAUACUUUAUUUGAAUAUUUUAUACAUUUUUGUACACUUAGAUUUCUAACAAAUGUACAUAUACAAGAGGACCUCUAUAAUCUUAUAACAGAAAAUAUUUUCCUAGUUGCUACAGUAAUUUAUUUAUCGGUCGGAAUUAUUUUGUUUCGAGCAUUUUAUUAUCAAAUUAUCGAAAGCGACAAUCAAUAUGUCAAACACGUUGUAUAAGAAAUACUAUUACACUCAUUUCAACAAUUUGUGUAUAUUUAAUUUUCGAUUCUUUUUGAGUCCAGUAUCGUAUUAUAAAUUAAUGGGAAUCCGUAAUUCAAUUAAUAAUUGUAAUAAUAGCAGAUGUAACUUCUAUGAAUGAAAUUUAAUGAAAUUGCUCAAUUCAUGUAAAUAACAAAAUGACAUCACCUGAAGAAUUCUACAAUGUAAUAUAAAUUUCUCGUUCUAUAUACAACAUGUAUAUAGGUACAAUAUAUCGAAUAUGAUAAAACUUCAUUUGCCUGAAAUGUUUCUUUAAAUAAAAAUACGACAAAGGAAUAAAUUAAUAUUCUAACGAAUGUUAUAAGUCAAGAAGUUAAAGGUUGUAGGAUAUAGAUUUUUCUCUCACAAUUUCAUAGUCCUAGGAUGUUUAGUUUCAUAGUUUUAUUCGCAGCUUGCAAAAUUUAUUUCUGAAAUUUUGUUUUUUCACUAUUAUUACUAUUAUUAUCGUGUUAGACUUUCGUCCAUUACGAGCUUAGUACUCAUGCAGAGAACGAAAUAAUUGAUACUUGUAAAAUUUCGAUAAUGAUAUUAAUUGAAUUCCAAAAAAAGAAGGUAAGAUAAGAACCGAUCGAAGAUCCAUUGAAAAUUCAGUCUUUCAGACGUCACAUUACGAAACAUUACAUUAGCCGAUUCGAUCAACCUAAUUAUCGUGGCAUCGUCGUAAUCGUAAACGAAAAAAUAUUACAAGAUGUCUUCUUGUUAAGUAUGACGUUCGAAGGAAAUCGUAAUGUACUUUGAGCUUGAGCUGUUAUAUUGCGUUCCAAUAGAAAUAGCAUCGCUAAUGAAAAAGCGUCAAGGUGUUUUCGCAAUGAACAUUUCACGCGACAGCGAAAUUGCUUCUUUCUUUCGUUCCAUCGUCGCGAUCGUCUUGUUUUUUAAUUUAACCGGAGAGUUUUUAACGGCGCAGGUCUGGUGGAAACGGUAAUCUAACCGAAGGGACGAAGGAAGUUGGUAUCACGAGUCGACAACAAGAUGAUUUAAUAUGUCGGGCAAUCGGCUUCACUCUCGCGCUCGACUUCCAAUUUAAAGUGAACAUCGCGAGCUAGGAGGCGGAGAAUAAUUUCGUGAAAGAAGGACCGGUCAGUUCUCAUUAAAUUAUUCCGCAACGUUUCUAGCGACAAGUAAUAUUAGCUCGAUGUUUCUUUUCCGUGACAUGAAACAAUUUUCUCUGCUCGAUGUUUCGCGACCUUCGGAACCUAUGGGCAUUCCGCAACUUCCUUGGACACCCCCUUUUAUUCUUAUUUUACUCUAAGAUACGGUAGCGAACGAAAGAAAGUUUAGAUACAAGCGGCACAAAAAAUAAGUAUGAUUUUACAAAACAGAAUUGUACUUGAGAAAAAUAGUGAAUAAAUAUAAUACAGUGCAGAGCAAUGUGAUUGUGAAGCAUGCUGAAAAAUAUUAAUAUAUACGUAAAAAACGAAACUUAAUAAUACCCAACAAUAUGCAAACGCUUCUAACUGCUAGAACACAAUGUUAAAAAAACUCUUUAGUUUUCUAUAAGAAAUACUAGAUCUUUUGCGCCGCCUGUAGAAACAUGUAUGUAAAACUGUACUAGUUUGGUAAUUAACCACUAAUAACUAACUAAUUAUUUACUAGUUAACAGCA